UUCUUCCUCUGCUUCUGAGCUAGUAAAGAGAAUCAAAACACUUGAGAGGUGAUGGAGAAAGUGAGAGAAAUAGUGAGAGAAGGGAGGAGAGUAGGAAAAGAAGACCCAAGAAGAGUAGUUCAUGCUUUCAAAGUGGGACUUGCUCUUGCUUUGGUCUCUUCCUUCUACUAUUACCAACCUCUUUAUGAUAAUUUUGGUGUCAAUGCAAUGUGGGCUGUCAUGACCGUUGUUGUCGUCUUUGAAUUCUCAGUAGGUGCCACACUUGGGAAAGGAAUAAACAGGGCAGUGGCAACAUUAGUAGCCGGAGGACUAGGAAUUGGAGCUCAUCACCUAGCAAGUUUGUCCGGUCCAACAAUAGAACCUAUUCUUCUCGCCAUCUUCGUCUUUGUGCAAGCUGCGUUGUCGACGUUCGUGAGGUUCUUCCCGCGGGUGAAGGCGAGAUACGAUUAUGGCAUACUGAUAUUCAUAUUGACGUUCUCACUGAUAUCAGUGUCGGGGUUUAGAGAGGAUGAGAUAUUGGACUUGGCCCAUAAGAGACUAUCGACAGUGAUAAUGGGAGGAGUCAGUUGUGUCCUAAUCUCUAUCUUUGUCUGUCCUGUCUGGGCUGGACAAGACCUUCAUUCUCUUAUUGCCUCCAAUCUUGACACACUCUCCCACUUCCUUCAAGAAUUCGUAGAGGAAUAUUUUGAAGCGACAGAUGAUGGUGACAUCAAAGAGGUGGAGAAGAGAAGAAAGAAUCUUGAAAGAUAUAAAAGUGUUCUCAACUCAAAAAGCAAUGAGGAAACUUUGGCUAAUUUCGCAAGAUGGGAGCCGCGUCACGGCCAGUUUAGAUUUAGACAUCCAUGGCAACAAUAUCUUGCCGUGGCUGCAUUACUCAAGCAGUGUGCUUACCGGAUUGAUGCCUUGAACUCAUAUCUCAAAUCUGAUUUUCAGAUCCCAAAGGACAUAAAGAAGAAGCUAGAAGAAUCAUUAAGAAGAAUGAGCUCGGAGUCAGGCAAAUCAUUGAAAGAGAUGUCCAUUUCGCUAAAGAAAAUGACAAAAUCAUCUUCUGCCGAUAUCCAUGUCCUAAACUCACAAUCUGCCUGCAAAACUCUUUGUACUUUACUCAAAUCAGGCAUCUUGAACGAUGUUGAGCCACUACGAUUGAUCUCAUUGACCACCACGGUCUCUCUUCUCAUCGAUAUUGUUAAUUUAACCGAAAAGAUAUCAGAAUCAGUACAUGAGCUCGCAUCCGCUGCAAGGUUUAAGAAUAAGAUGAAGCCGACCGCAUCAUUGAAGAAGUCGGAUUCUGUAAGCAUUGGACGUGCUGCAGUGCCAAUCAAGUCUCACGAUAGUGACGAUCAUGUUGUCACAAUCUUAUGUGAUGCUGAUGUAUCAAACACUGUUGACCAAUCGCGUGGAGAGACUUCAGUGGACUCUUGCCACCAUGUCGCCAUAAAAAUUGAUGAUGAUGAUUUAGUCCAUGAAAAACAUGAAGUUGGUGAAAUACAUGCACAUAGUUGUGUAUCAUGUGAUCCAAGUGAUGUUUUAGAUAGUAGUAAUAAGAGAAUUAGCAGUAGUAAUUAACUAUUUAUUAUAGUAUUUAGGGGUGGCUGGGAUGGGACUAAUGGUGAAUAUUAAAUAAAGUUCUAUUUGUUGUAAAUGAAGUAUUGGGGAAAUACUUCUGUUAU